AUGAAAAGCCAUUGUCAUGUGUUCAUGGAAAGGUUGUUGCCCGUUGCAAUGAGAGAACUUCUUCCUGAUAAUGUUUGGAAAGCAGUCACUGAAAUCAGCCAAUUUUUUCGCGAUCUAUGUUCUUACACUAUUAAAGUUGAUGAUGUGACUCGUUUAGAAAAAAACAUUCCAGAAAUCUUAUGCAAGUUGGAGAAAAUAUUCCCACCUGCAUUUUUCAAUUCAAUGGAGCAUUUACCCGUUCAUUUGCCACAUGAAGUAAAAGUGGGUGGUCCUGUGCAAUAUAGAUGGAUGUAUCCAUUUGAGAGAUUUCUUAAUCAUCUGAAGAAGAAAAUUGGUAGUAAGGCACGAGUGGAAGGCUCAAUUUGCAAGGCUUAUCUUGCAGAAGAGAUUUCUAACUUUUGUUCUUAUUACUUUCAACCUCAUGUUGAUACGAAAUCUAGAGAUCUAGGACGCAAUGUUGUUGAUGAUGAUGAUCUAGAUUCAACUAUACCAAAAUUAUUCCAAUUUAGCAAAGGUCGUGGCAAAGGUGUCCAAACAAGGUUUUUAGGUUCGAAAGAAUUCAAGCAUGCACACCACUAUGUUCUUUCCAAUUGUGGGGUAUUAGGAGAAUAUGAAAGGAAGUUUGAAGAGUCGAUGAUGCAAAAAUAUCCUGGUAUUGACCUACAUGAUAUUUGGAGCAAGUUUUCACAUGAAUUUUCCAAAUGGUUUCAGGAUUUUGUUAUCAAAUCUAAUGAGACUGAUGAAGUGAUUCGAGCACUUGCCAUGGGUCCGUCUAGACAAGUCAAAACAUGGAGGCAAUUUGACAUCAAUGGCUUUAAGUUUCACACUUUUGAUUAUGGAAAGCACAAGGCAACUAUGAAUUAUGGUGUGGGUGUAAUAAGUGAGGAGGAAAUUGAUUACUUCGGCAUUUUAGAAGAAGUCAUUGAGCUGGUCUACUUGGGGACUGUAAAUGUCUUCAAAACCUUCAUGUUUAAAUGUAAUUGGAUGGAUUCAGUGAAUGGCAUGAAUAUUCAUGAGCAGUAUUGAUGUGAACCACUCUAAGAAAUACCCUGCAUAUGAUCCUUUUGUUCUAGCACAUCAGGUUUAUCAAGUGUAUUUUACCUCUUAUCCAAGCUUAAAGAAAGAUAAGAGUCAA